AUGUUGACCAUGCGCGGACUCGUGCGCGCUAUGUUUGAGGACCAGCGCCCGUUGCCCUCGAGCAGCACGCCAAGUUAUACGAAGGUACGCGACGACGACAAUCGAUGCCGUAGCUGUGUGAAUGAGCCAGAGAGCGAGACGUCGUACGUGCCCAAGCGCUUUGAAGGCGAGUACAACGUGUGUUUCCACCGCAAGCCACUGGGUGUCGGACUCGUGCCCAGCUCGCAGCUCUAUGGCUCGUGGGAGGUGAGCUCAGUGCAGGAGACAGAGAUGGAGGACGAGGACAUGGCGUCGUCGUCCAGAGUCAAGGACGGGCACGACCGAGACGGAGAGACGAUUGGCAAGGGCCACGUGUUGAUUGCCAUCAACUUUAGCUGUCAGAAAGCGCAGCUGCCGCGCGCGGAAUUGGCUGCGUACUUGCGACAAUGCGCUUGUCCUAUUGUCAUGACGUUUAGGGACCCGGAAGUCUUUGGAUCACACGACUCGCGUGUUAUGUCCACGGCCAUGUACCCGUCGUCGAUCGACUACUCUCUUCAUUGUUAUUCGACCAAAGUGGUGGCUAGGGCUUCGGCUGAGCAGUGGCGCCGGUCGUUGGAGCACGACCUGGCAUUCAAUGCUGAGCUGGCAAAGCGAGAGUCAUCACGCGAUUUGGCUCGAGCGCUGUUGGUGAGAAGGGAUUCCGAUGCAAGUGGCAGAACCAUUUCGGUAGGAGAAGCAGGUGAUGCAAUGACCAUCGAGGAACCUGAAAGUGUCGUGAUAGUGAGCGGCGCGGCUGGAGGUGGAAACGAAGUGGUGGGACCCGAUGUGUCGGAGCUGGGUGAGUUUGAUGUCACGUUCGACGAGACCCCAUUACAUUUGAGGUUGGCACCGUCGACAAGGCUUUACGGGACGGUUGAAGUGUACGACCCCGAGCAACACGCUCCUAUGGUGCAAGUGGGCGAUGUGGUCAUGGCCAUCAACGGCUACCCGUCGAUUUCCCGGUUAGCGUCUGACGACGUGAUCGAUACCAUCGCGGAGUUGCAGGCUCCUGUGACGUUGCGUUUCCGCCGACCUGUGACGUAUCGAAAGUACUUGGCUAAACGUCUUGACACGAGAAAGAACCUGUCGUCGCAGUCGGUUGCAAGCUCCAUGUUUCCUCCGUCGGCUGAGUACAAAAAGAGGAUACCGAUGGCGAACGCCAGCCAAAGCUGUCAGUCUGCUUCUCUCGUAUCUCAAAGUUUUGUUGAACCAGUAUCUACAGAGAACUUCUUGACGAAAAACGCACAGGAACCUGACAAUACGGACAAGGAACGCGCGAAGGAGUUUAAAGCAUUUGCAGCAAAGAUUGGAGCACUGGAUCGGUUCACGCUAUGGGCUGGAAGCGACAGCCAUGCGGAAGGACGGCCUUUAGCAGGCCAUCGCUCGACGUUCUUAACGGAGAAACACAUGCAGUUUCUUUGGAAAAGUCUGCCAAAGUGUCUUACGUGCAACCAGAUGGAGUUGAUCUUUACCACUCAAGUGCAUGGCUGGAGUUUCUUGACUUUCUUCUCGAGACUCGAGAACAAGGGUCCAACCAUCGUUGUUGUACAGGAUGAGCAUGAAAACGUCUUUGGUGCUUUUUGCUCUGCGUCGUGGAGGCGCUCAAAAAUGUUCUUCGGUAACGGACGAACCUUCGUCUUUUCCCUGAGUCCCCGCAUGCGCGUAUACCCAUGGUCGGGGAUCGACAGUUCUUUCAUGUACACCCAACGCGACUCCAUAUUUGUCGGUGGGGGUAGCAAAGGGAUCGCGCUCUGUUUACAGCUUGAUGACCGACGUGGAUUUACGCACGCCUGUUCUACGUUCGACUCUCCACCGCUUGUCGACUACCAUACGUUCCGAUGCGAGACCGUCGAAGUCUGGAGUUUCCACGGGCUGAAGGUGUAA